AUGUGGCAGAAGGCGCUUCCGACGCUUUUGCUGCUCGUCGCGGCCGCGCAGGUUGCGCGAGGGGCUCCAGGCCCAUCAAGCAAUGCUCCAGGCCAAUCAAGCAAUGCUCCAGGUCAAAUCAAGAAGCAAACUUUGCAAGGUCAGAUGGCUUACGUCACUCUGGAUAAUGGCGAAGAGCAGUGGGCUAUUGUCAACGAUCAAGACAAGAAGGUCACACCCCUUACAAAGGGCUACAAGCCACCCAAGGACAAGGACAAGGAUAAAAAGGAUAAGGAUUUCGAGCCCGGAACGGUUGUAAGCUUGGACUGUGACAUCGAUGCUAGCGGCACUUGCACACCGUCGGCGGGCGCCACAACAAAUAUUGUGGCAGCAGUGCCGGCGAUUACCCCUGUAGUCUACCAGCGGCUGUUGGUCAUCAUCCUGAACUACUCGAGCUGCGGCUAUUCCGCGACAGCCACGGAGGAUGCAGUACGCAGCGUCUUCCUGGGGCCAAACGGUGAUGGCACCGGUGGCGUUGCGCAAAAGUACACGCAAUGCUCGUACGGCAAGUUCAACCUUAACACUACGGCAUUCCAGACGGUGGUCGUCUACCCGGCCUGCUCCACCGCUGCCACAGCUCAAUGCAGCUGGUGGACUCUUUCCAAUGAUGGCGACACGGCUGCCAAGGCCGUACUGGGUACCACUGCUUUCAGCGGUUUCACCCACUAUGCCUACGUCGUACCGCCCGGAAUCCCAUGCGGCUGGGCGGGGUUGGCUCUGCUGCCAGGAAAACAGAUCUGGCUGGCAACCAUGAAUUACGGUGUAUACCGUUGGGCUACGAUCAUGCAGGAGGCCAUCCACAACUAUGGUCUGUGGCACUCCUGGCAGAACGGCUGGGAGUACGAGGACUACUCGACCGCCAUGGGCCGUGGUGACGCCUGCCCCAACGCCGCCGAGAUCUCUCGCAUGGGCUGGGCCACACCCGCACCAGGCGGCGGGGCCAUCAGCUCUGCUUCGUUUGCUCCAGGUUCCGCACUUGCCUUUGCCCUGCCCGCCACCUACCUCACUGGCGACGGCAACUACCUGCGAGUGGUGCCCGACUGGCUGCCCACCUACAGCAACAACACGCUUGCUAAGAACCUCUACAUCGCCGUGAGGGUUCCCAAGAGUGGCGAUGCCGCCCUUACCGCCACAUACUCACCCAAGCUCAACAUUCACGAAGUCAAUGCAACUAUGGACAAUGCUUACCCAGCCUCAUACCAAAACAGCGACCGCAAGAUCUCUUUCGUCCGGGCAAUCUCCUCCACUGUAAGGGCCAAUUUGACAGCCUACCAGCUGGUGGUUUACGCGGCAUCCUGGGUGGGCCCAGACACUUUGCGUGUCUACCUCUGCCGAUACGAUGUCUCGCCGGAUGAGUGCCCCCCACUUUCCGUGCUUGAGACGCUCCCAUCGGCGCCGCCGAGCCCGCCUCCCCCCAGCCCGCCGCCGCCACGACCACCGCCCCCGAGCCCCGUGCCGCCCACCCCGCCGCCGAGCCCACGGCCGCCUCCAAGUCCGCGACCGCCCAACCCACCCCCCAGGCCGCCGUCGCCCAGGCCGCCGCCCAGGCCGCCACCAAGGCCGCCGUCACCCAGGCCGCCACCCCCUGACCCGUCACCCCCGCCGCCGAGCCCACCAUCACCUCCGACGUCGCCGAGCCCUCCAGAUCCUGCAUGGCCUAACUUGCCAACAAGCCCUGACCCGCCAAGCCCCAAUCCGCCAAGCCCUGACCCGCCAAGCCCCGAUCCGCCAAGCGCACCGCCGCCAAGCCCUCCACCUCCAAGCCCACCGCCGCCAAACCCUCCACCACCAAGCCCACCGCCGCCAAACCCUCCACCGCCAAGCCCACCACCGCCAAGCCCUCCACCGCCAAGCCCACCGCCUCCUAACCCACCACCGCCAAGCCCGCCGCCGCCUAGUCCACGGCCGCCGACGCCCCCACCGCCAAGCCCACCGCCACCCCGGCCUCCGCCUCGUCCCCCACCAACGCGUCGGUCGCCGCCACCGACAUCGUCACCACCGCCGCCGGUAGCGGCGUUUAUCGGUGGCGACAGCUCAACGGUAGCCGCGUCAGACCAGCCCCCGCUUCAGCGCCGCCGACUGCACCAGUAAAGUGCACACUGCCGCAGCAGCAGGGCGGACUUGCGAAAGGCAAGGAAGAAAUCAACGUACGUCGAUUCCUUGGAAGAACCGACGCUGGGGAAGUUGGGGUUUGCCAGCUUGCUCGUGCUGUGCCACCACUAUGCUGGUUCAAUAGCGAACGCGAUCAGUCCUGUAAUGCAGCCUGAGAAGCCGGCAGCCAUUGCGCCGUGGGGCCAAUCCAAGGAGAUAUUGGCAAUGAAGAGAAGUAAGAGAGAGCGAGAACGGGCACCACGCAACACAUGUGGUGGCGAUGCUGUAUGCACGUAUUGUUUGCUGCUUUCAUUUUGUGCAUACUUCGUACAGCGCAAGCAGGUCGACCGGAGUACAGUAAUCCUACAACAGUAAUCCGGAUACAGCGAACAGCUGAUACGGCCGCAAUCGAGUAAUGAAUCGGGCUCGCGUGACAGGUGACGGUUCGGUUAUUACGCAUCGAAACCUGUCAUACGGGGGUUGGGUAGGCAGCACAACCGACCGCGCUAGGAACGGGACCGUGCGCGCUCCCUAGGAACCCCGAAGGCACACGUGGGGAGAGCGGGGUGAGGGUAGAAGGCUGUCUGGCCCCGCGUCCACCAAGAGGGACUACUCCGAACUCAGGACGCGCAUACAUGUGCGUUCAACACUCCCAUGCAGUUUGCCGCGACCUUUGUUUCUGCUGAAGUAACAGUUCACUACUCGGAUGAGAGUAUGAGGGAGCCGCACCUCCAUGCGUAUGUAUCGUAUGUAUGUAAAUUUAUGCUGCAUCAAUUUCCAGAACUCCAGGUACCGUGUGGGUAGUAGGCUGUGAUCAUGUUGCGAGAAUGUACGGCGUUACGGCAGUGGAUCUAACUGGGUUACCCGUGCUGCGUUUUGGGGGUAUUCCACCACUCAUUCGCAUGGCGAUGACAAAGGCAGCGUAAGCCACACGGUAGUCCUGCGUUUAUCAGUUACACACACUCGUGUUCAGCUGCUUGCUAGCAGUCGGGUUGCAAUGUGGGUUGAAUCGUGCCGUACACCCGAAGACGGUGCCAGCAUCGUAUGUAUUGGCCAGGGAAGCUCUGCGCACGAAUUUUCAGUAAGCAUUCUGUGGACCAAGCUUGCCAGCGUGUGGUGCACGCCGUAGAGCUUCCCGCAUUACUUCAUUCUUCCAUGUCGUACGUUGUUGCAUAGAAGUCGCAGUGGGCACGAGGAAGCCGGGUGGCAAAAAGGUACAUGAUGGCUUCCCGGAAUGUUUCGUCGCAACAGGUGAAUUGUCUUUAUCUCUACUUAGCUUAAGGCAAUCAUCGGUGCCCUGGGUUUUCAUAAUCAUAACUCGGGAUGGAGCUCUCCUAGCUAGGCUUCGUUCCGAGCAGUAUAAUAGCUGGUAGGCUCACGGGACGGUGAUUACACAUGUAAUGCGCCGCUCCCUUUAACUGCUUGAUAGCUUAUUUGCUUGCUCUCCAAUGUGUUGUGGCCGUGGAGUACAGCAAGGGCGGUGAUUAAGGCCAGGCAGUACUUUUAGGGGACUGUAACAGUAAGUAUUGUUUACCGGCCCGCAUGUAACCCCAGGCGGUGUAUGUACGUGGCCAUGCACACAUCAGUUGUUGUCUAGUGGGAUAUUCCAAUAUGGCCAAGUGCACCGAAGCGUGGGGCAAAAUAAUUCAUCGAUCUAUUGUAUUACGUGGUUCGGGCUGUAACAACGCCUGCUCUA